GUUUCAUUUUCUGUCUCCAUGAAGCAUAAACCCUAGCGUCCCUUUCUUGACUGCUACACCCGCACUUCACUUUCACACACUCCGCACCAAUGGCAGCUGCCGCCGCACGCCCUCUCGUCACCAUCCAAUCACUCAAGGGAGACAUGGACACCGAAUCCGCCACCACCGUUCACCUACCCGACGUCAUGAAGGCUCCGGUCCGACCUGACGUCGUCACAUUCGUCCACUCCAACAUCUCCAGGAACAAGCGACAGCCAUACGCUGUCUCCAAGCGCGCUGGACACCAGACCUCCGCCGAGUCUUGGGGAACUGGCCGCGCCGUAUCCCGUAUCCCUCGUGUCCCUGGAGGCGGUACCCACCGCGCUGGCCAGGGUGCCUUCGGAAACAUGUGCCGUGGUGGCCGCAUGUUUGCCCCCACCAAGAUAUGGCGCCGCUGGCACCGGAAGGUCAACGUGAACCUCAAGCGCUACGCUGUCGUUUCGGCCAUAGCAGCCUCUGCCAUCCCCUCCCUCGUCCUCGCCCGUGGUCACCGCAUCGAAUCCGUCCCCGAAAUGCCCCUUGUGAUCAGCGACUCCGCAGAGAGUGUUGAGAAAACCUCCGCGGCUCUCGAGGUCUUGAAGCAGGUCGGCGCCUAUGCCGAUGCCGAAAAGGCCAAGGAUAGUCACGCGAUUCGCCCCGGUAAGGGUAAAAUGCGUAACCGCCGAUACAUCAAUCGCAAGGGCCCACUUAUUGUGUACGGAAGUGAGGGUGCGAAGCUCGUAAAAUCUUUCCGGAACAUUCCCGGAAUCGAUAUCGUGAACGUUGAGAGGCUGAACCUGCUGAAGCUCGCUCCCGGUGGUCACCUCGGCAGGUUCGUGAUCUGGACCAAGUCGGCCUUCGAGAAGCUUGACUCGAUCUACGGGUCGUUCGAGAAGCCGUCGGAGAAGAAGAAGGGAUACGUGCUACCGAGGUCAAAGAUGGUGAAUGCUGAUUUGACUAGGAUUAUCAACUCAGAUGAGGUGCAGUCCGUGGUGAAGCCGAUCAAGAAGGAGGUGAAGAGGGCACCAAUGAAGAAGAAUCCACUCAAGAAUCUCAACACCUUGCUGAAGCUCAAUCCUUACGCUAAGACCGCCAGGAGGAUGGCGCUUUUGGCUGAGGCCGAGCGGGUCAAGGCCAAGAAGGAGAAGCUUGACAAGAAAAGAAAGCCAGUCACUAAGGAGGAGGCCUCUGCAAUCCAGGCUGCAGGGAAAGCUUGGUACCAGACAAUGAUCUCUGAUAGUGAUUACACCGAGUUUGAGAACUUUACUAAGUGGCUGGGAGUCUCCCAGUGAGAUAAUUUUCUGGCUUCGAAAAUUACAUAGACCCUCUUUUUUGUGUUUUUGGUGUUUAUCUAGUUUGUUUACCAGUUUUGAGACAUGGAUGAGAUUAGGUGGGAGGAGGGAAGAAAUGCAGAUAAUAAGAGGUUACUUAUUUGUUUUCGCCCACAUUCUUGUCUUGGCAUCUUCGUAGUUGUUUUUGGGACGGAAAUUAAAUUUUUUUCGGCUUGUAGUUGGUGGUUCUACACCCUGUUGCAAUCAUGCACUUGGAUUGGUAUUGUUGCCUUCACGUUA